AUGCGCUCGGCUGCCCGCCCGCAGCUGCUCGCCCUCCGGUCCAGCUGCUUUCCCCCUCGGGGACGAAGAGCAUCCGCGGGUGCCGUGGCGGAGCGAGGGCACGGAGCCCUCGGGCAGCUGUGGCUGAACGUGAGGAGGGAUGCCUGGCUGGCUUUGAAGAAGACAGUUUUAACAGAGCCACCAUCGCUGACAGGGCAGCCGGGAGCCAGCCAGGGGAAAAAGAUAGGCCACCGAGGAGUUGAUGCAUCAGGGGAAACGACAUACAAGAAGACCACGUCAUCCACCCUCAAGGGGGCCAUCCAGCUGGGGAUUGGCUACACUGUGGGAAACCUGAGCUCCAAGCCUGAGAGGGAUGUUUUGAUGCAAGAUUUCUACGUAGUGGAGAGCAUUUUCUUUCCCAGCGAAGGCAGUAACCUCACUCCAGCGCACCAUUACCCCGACUUCAGGUUCAAAACAUAUGCACCUGUCGCUUUCCGGUAUUUUCGAGAACUCUUUGGCAUUCGUCCAGAUGAUUAUUUGUAUUCCUUGUGCAACGAGCCACUGAUCGAGCUGUCUAAUCCUGGGGCCAGUGGCUCCCUCUUUUACGUCACCAGUGACGAUGAAUUCAUUAUCAAGACUGUGAUGCACAAAGAGGCAGAGUUCCUCCAGAAGCUUCUUCCAGGUUAUUAUAUGAACCUGAACCAGAAUCCACGGACGCUGCUGCCGAAGUUCUAUGGUCUCUACUGCGUCCAGUCCGGGGGCAAAAACAUCCGUGUGGUGGUGAUGAAUAACAUCCUGCCCCGGGUGGUGAAGAUGCACCUGAAAUACGAUCUCAAAGGCUCAACCUACAAACGCCGGGCAUCCAAGAAGGAGAAGGAUAAGUCAAGCCCCACCUACAAAGACUUGGACUUCAUGCAGGACAUGCCUGAGGGCAUCAUGCUGGAUGCAGACACGUUCAACGCUGUGGUGAAGACGUUGCAGAGGGACUGCUUGGUGCUGGAGAGUUUCAAAAUCAUGGAUUACAGCCUGCUCCUUGGGGUGCACAACAUAGACCAGCAGGAACGGGAACGGCAAGCUGAUGGGGCCCAAAGCAUGUCUGAUGAAAAGCGCCCCGUGGGACAGAAGGCGCUGUAUUCCACUGCCAUGGAGUCGAUCCAGGGCGGAGCUGCUCGAGGGGAGUCCAUUGACACGGAUGACACGGGGAAGAGGGGAGAAGUCUUUAGCUAUGCUCACAAGCCCUGGAAGCUGAAUCUCUUUUUUGGGAUUAUUGUAAUGGGGGGUAUUCCAGCUGUGAAUGGCAAAGGAGAGCGUCUGCUGCUGCACGUCGGUAUCAUUGACAUCCUCCAAUCCUACAGGUUAAUCAAGAAACUGGAGCACACGUGGAAAGCUCUUGUCCAUGAUGGGGACACAGUCUCAGUCCACAGGCCCAGCUUCUAUGCAGAAAGGUUCUUCAAGUUUAUGACCAAUACAGUGUUCAGGAAAAGUUCUUCCCUGAAAGCAUCUCCCUCAAAGAAAGGACGGAGUGCCUUGUUAGCUGUUAAGCCAUCUGGCCCCAUGGCUGCGUUUUCUGCCAGCCAGAUUCCCUUGGAGAAGGACGAAGUGCAGUAUGACCUCCGGGGAGCCAGGAGUUACCCCACUUUAGAUGAUGAAGGUGCUAAAGUUAACCACGACAGGGGGGAAGGCCGACCUGAUCUUCUUCCCUGCACCCCUCCCUCUUUUGAAGAAGCAACCACCGCCUCUAUAGCAACGACACUUUCUUCCACAUCUCUUUCUGUGCCCGAAAGAUCUCCUUCGGAGUCCUCAGAGCAGCCCAGAUACAGGCGGCGCACACAGUCCUCAGGACAUGAAGGAAGGUGAGUUGGAC